AUGACGGCACAGGACGACGUGUACGGGCAGCCGCCGCCGGCCGAGUGGUUGCCGCCAGCCAGCUUCCGGAGGAGCAUUGACGCGCGACUGGAACCGACGGGCCAGGUAUGCGGACGAGAGCACCGCCGCCCAGACCUCCUGGCGACGCGAGAACAUCGCGACGGACAGUGUUUCAACACUUCUGCGUCAGCGGUCAUCUCUUUUGCCCCAUUGAACCAAAUAGAAAGGGGUGCGACGAAGAAGCACGCCCCAGCGAUAGGAUGCAGAGUUCAGGGGGUCGUGCAGCAAUUGCCGCGUCAGGCGUCCAGGUCAUGUGGCUGCUUUUGA